GUUCAGCAGCAGUGCAGCAUUAUCCGGUGAGACUCGUUCAGCGAUCGAUUGCUCCUGCCUGGUCCGGUGUAAAGAUGGAUGCCGGCCGAAUGAGGUUAUAAGCGGCUGGGUCGGGAAUCGACCCUCGUCCCUGGCUGUUGACCGAGCACUUCCCCUCCUGGCCCAUCCUGCUUUACUACAGCAUGAACACAGCAGUGUCGGCACAUCUUGUAAUUCUGGCAAAUGAAAAUGGAAGAGGUUUCAAUGUCCAGCCUGGACAACAGCAAGCUGGAGGGCCUAGCGCAAGACAUCCUGUCUGAUCUGGUGGAGGAUGCGUGCCUGGGCCUCUGCUUUGAGGUCCACCGGGCCGUUAAACAGGGCUAUUUCUUCCUGGAUGACACAGACCAAGAAAGUAUGAGGGACUUUGAAAUCGUGGACCAGCCUGGAGUGGAUGUGUUUGGACAGGUGUACAACCAAUGGAAGAACAAGGAGUGCGUUUGUCCCAACUGCAAUCGUAGCAUCGCCGCCUCGCGCUUCGCCCCGCACCUGGAAAAGUGCCUGGGCAUGGGCCGCAACAGCAGCCGCAUCGCCAACCGCAGGAUAGUCACCGGGAACACCACCAAUAACAAGUCCGAAAGCGACCAAGAGGACAACGACGACGUCAACGACAAUGACUGGUCUUACGGGGCCGAAAAGAAAGCAAAGAAAAGGAAAUCGGAUAAGAAUCCAAACUCUCCAAGAAGAUCUAAAUCCUUCAAGCAUAAAAGUGGCAUGAUGGGACCCCGGCGGCGCAUGGACAAUCAGGAGAGCCCCCGCAUGCUCAUGAAAGAUGAAGCGUUUCCUUAGCAACCACCUCAAGAGCGCACUUUACCAUCUCCGAGUGUUGUGUGACGUGUUCCUAUACAGUAUAUACACACAAAUCGACAUGCAAAGAAAACACAAAGUGGGAGACAAGUGUUCUGUGAUUCUCACACAUUCACGAUGAGGUAGCUGUGAGAUUCACCAACAGCUAUCGUAUCUGAUGAACUCGCUCUUUCAACAAAAAAAAAAGGUUAUCAUACCAGCGCUCAUGUUUAUUCAAUUUCAAUUUGUUUUGUAAAUGAUACGCCGGAGUCCAAAAAUUAUGAAUAUCUUUUUAGGACUCAACUAAUGGAGCUGCUGAUUGAUGCCGGUCAGUCGAGUGAAGAGUAACUGAUGCUAAUAUGGUCCGUUAUGUGUGCACAUACCUUUUUCUCAAAAAAUCAGAAAACAAACCAAAAAUAUAUAUGCCUGAGUUGUACUAUAUGUCCUCGUGAUUUUGGUUAACCUUUUAUUUUGACAAGUUAUUGCAUCAUCAGACAAUCAUGAAUAAUGGUUGGUCUAUUUGGAACAUACACUAGAUCAUGGACAGGAUCCAUCUAAUUAACAUUUAAAUAGAAAACAUGAAAGGGGACUCAACAUGUUGUGAUCAACAUGGUUGGAAACCAACCAUCCCAGCUGACUGUACAGGCAGACUGUGCUGUAAAGAGCGGGGGACUAUGGGCUAAUAACGUGGUGCGUUGUUGGUUUGGUAUUCUUUUCUAGCAUUAAACAUGUCCCUGUGUAACCUGUGUUUACAUUGUAAAGGUAACAUGUAUCCUCUGUGUGAUGUGAUAGUGUACAUAUUUCAAUAGUUUCAAUUGCUGCUAUCAUGGCUCAGUUUUUCAUCUGUCUAGCAUAAUAAAAUGAAUUGUUACCUGUCUGAAUGUGUGCUGUUUGUGUCGG